CGCGUCGCGUCGGGAGCAGCGGCAGCAUGGCAGGUGAAGGAUCGUCGUCGUGGCCGGCAGGGUGGUCCUCGUCGCUAGAGGAGGAUCCUCGAUCCACGCGAAGGUCACGGGAAGGAGAGGAUGAUGUACUGACGAGGUCGACAUCACCGUCCCGUCGGUCAUCUGCCAACACCAUACUGUCACGUCCAUCCACAAGCACGGCCGAUAUCCUGUCUAUGCGCCGCUUCCAGUUGCACGAACCAGAUGAAAAGGUACUGCAUCAACAACGACAACAGGAGAAACAGCGAUGGCGGCAGCUGCUCGACGAGCAAAUUCAGGAAAAGGCAAGGAGAAAAGCCAAGGAAGAAGAGGAAAAGCGUAUCGCUGAGGAAGCGCAAGCUCAACUUGAACGCCAGCAGCAGAGGCAACAACAUCUUCGCGCGCAGCAAAAACUUGGUCACGUCGCAUCGCUGCCGAACCCUCCCAAGCAACAACAACAGCAGCAGCAGCGAUAUGUUUCGUCUGGCGGAAGCACGAAUGGUUUGAGCAUCUACACAUCCCCAACUGUUGGAGUGUCCCCCCCGCCUGUCCCGUUUUCGUCACGAGUGGUGCCAUCACCAACGUCGUCGUCGUCGUCCCGCGGCAUAUCAUCAAGACAUGAAACGAAUAACUCGCAUGAUGUGCUUCAUGAAGUACAGGGCUUGCUUAGCGAACUGCGCUACGAGCGCGCGCAAAUGCAAGUCGAGCGGCAGCAGAUGCAGCUCGAGCGAGAGGCGAUGAUGCUCGAGCGUGUGAAACUGGACCACGAACGGGAGUUGCUGGCACGCGAUCGAGCUGCGUUUGAAGCCUCCAAGGCAUUUGUUCGUCCAACCAUACACACGACAACCCCUUCUUCCGUCGGAUCGACAACUCGACGGCCCCCAUGGACAGACUUUGACGUACUCAGCCCCACGUCCGGAGGACAUCAAUCGGUGUCCCCGACCUUUUCGCCAUAUCGCGACACCAAAGCUGCGUCCCAGCGAGAAAAUGCACGACCUUCGUUUCAGAGCAACUUGGAGGACGGAUAUUCGUCGAAACGUCGAUUCAAUUACAUGGAAGAAGACUCAAACCCCAUGGAGCAAUCCUUGGUCGGCAUAAGCGAGUUUGUGGCUCUUGCGUCUGUGGACGAAAACAACCACAACAGACGGGUGAUUAAAUCGAGUGGGCGGUAUAACUGGGAACGCGAAGACACUGCGCACCCGCCGACUACCUCGCGGAAGCAACCGCCAAUGGCCGACAACGCCGCGCUUGGAUCUCCUUCUGCCGCAUCCAAACUGUUUGAAGUAAAAGUACUCGUGGAUUGACAGGUCGAUCCAGCCUUUGUCACGUGUUGUCGUGGCGCAAUGUCGACGUUCAUCGUAUUCACGGUAUUAUGCUGCAGUCAAUGGACCCAUUGUUCAACCAAAGCAUGGUGUUGAAGCAAUGCCGCGGGAUGCCUCUCGAUCUUCGAUUUGGACCGUUUGUGACGCCGGGAUCUUCCUUGCUUCUUUAUGGAUGCGUGAAGGCCCCUCGACAUCGUAUUUACGUGCGAAAUGCGUUGAUCACGACGUGCGCUGUUCUCUGCCAACUUCGCUCGCAUCGUGCACACGUCCUCAUCCGUGCCUUGGAAAUCAUUGAACGAUGCAAUAGGACUUUAUUCCAUCACCAUGCAGGAACAGUCCGCAAUUUAUGACGGCGACUACUUCUCGAAACACGCCAAUGCCAGAUCCGUCACACAUCGCUGAAGGAACCAAGUGGUUGGUCUCCGCUCCAACGAUCCUAUGCAUCCUUGUCGUGGCGAUGGGUGGCCAGAGCUGGCGAGGAAUACGUCCUUGUCGUCGUGGCUGUGAACGUGAUUGUGCCGGUGCCAUGGACUCCUGGCCAGAGGCUCAAAUCAUGGAGAUUGGGGAAGCGGUCGAGUCGCUGCGAUGUGGAUGAUGGCGGUGUGGAGUCAGUGAGUAUGGAGGCGGGUUGCAUGCGCAGGCUCCCUCCCAGCACAGUUUGAAUCCAUGCAUUCUCUGCAGUAGGCACCCCUUCUUCGUCGAUCUCGCGCUCUUCCAAAGGUGGCAGCAAUAUUCCUUGCAGCCAAUUCAGUCGAGCGGGAACGCUCCAUGUGCGCACGGUUUUGAGCGCGACGUCGCACAGCACUUCGCCAUCGAGACGAGAUCGGACAACGACGUCCACGAUUGAAUUCCAUGAUGAGGUCGUUGUCGGGCGUGGCGUCCACGUGAAAUCGGCCAGCUCCUUGCGGAUGCCCCAAUUCCGUCGACCGUUGCGAAGCGAAGCCUCCGUCGAGACGAAGAUGCGGGUCACGCGGCGGGCGGCGAGCAGUCCAUGUGCUUGAAGAAACGUUUCCUUCAUGUGAUUCGUUCUGGCGAUGGGAUUGCCUGGUGAUGGAGGCGUGAAAGCUCCAGGCACGAGGAGCAGCUCAUCGUACGGUCCCACAGGACUGUCAGUGUACCGAAUCAACAUGACAAAGCCUAGGCCGGACCCGGUGUAGUUUGCUCGGUCGUGUUUGGUGGGGAGGUGGGCGCGGAGGGCGCUUUGCUGCUUGGAAUUUGAUCGACGGGCCAAAAUUGGGAAGGCGUACAUGCUGCCCACAUUGAGUGUCCACGGAUUCAACACGGUGGGUAUAUCGGUCGCCUUGCCAUCCUCACCGCGAUCGGACUUGGUGGAGAGAUGCGCCCACGUCGGUUGUCGCGGCAGCGCGUCGUGUUCGGCGGCACCCGCAUCAGACUCCAUAUUCAUGGAAGAUAUGUAAGCACAACC